CCGACAAAAAAAAGUUGCUUCAAUGACAUUUUCUACAGAGAUGGCAGUUUGACUGUAAAACGAACCAGUUGUAGUAUUAAGAGUUUAUUACCCAGGCGGUGUCAUGGAUUUUAAUGUGAAGCGGUUAGCUGCAGACGCUGGUACCUUCCUGAGCCGCGCCGUACAAUUUACAGAGGAGAAGCUUGGCCAGGCUGAAAAGACAGAGUUGGAUGCCCAUUUGGAGAAUCUUUUGGUCAGAGCUGAGAACACCAAGCAAUGGACAGAGAGGAUCAUGAAGCAGACAGAAGUCUUAUUACAGCCCAACCCAAAUGUCCGACUAGAAGAAUUUGUGUAUGAGAAAUUGGAGAAGAAAGUCCCAACACGAAUGAACAACCAUGAGCUGUUGGGCCAGUCCAUGAUAGAAUCAGGAAAUGAGUUUGGUCCUGGAACCGCUUACGGAAAUGCUCUGAUUAAAUGUGGCGAGACAGAGAAGCAGAUUGGUGGGGCGGAGCGGGAGUUCAUUCACAGUUCGGCCAUCAACUUCCUGACACCUUUCAGGAACUUUCUAGAGGGUGACUUCAAAACCAUCCUGAAAGAACGGAAGCUGCUGCAGGUCAAACGCUUGGAUCUGGAUGCUGCCAAAACCAGGCUAAAGAAAGCCAGGAUGGCUGAUGCAAGAGCUGCAGCGGAGCAGGAGCUGAGGAUGACCCAGAGCGAGUUUGACCGGCAGGCAGAGAUCACCCGACUGCUGCUAGAGGGCGUCAGCAGCACCCACGCACACCACCUACGCUGCUUGAAUGACUUUGUGGAGGCCCAGACCACAUACUAUGCACAGUGUUACCAGUACAUGGUGGAUCUCCAAAAGCAGCUCGGCAGUUUCCCUUCGUCAUUCUCCAACAACAACCAGUCGUCUGUGUCAGGCGGGGCCAGCAUCUCAGUCCCCACCAUACCAGUGUCGGCCUCCCUGCCCAACCCGUCUGGCCGCGGCAGCUCUGCCACAUCGGGCGGCUUCAAUGAACUGCGUAGCUCCAGCGGUAGCCGCAAAGCCCGAGUCCUUUACGACUACGACGCCGCCAGCAGCAGCGAACUUUCCCUGUUGGCUGAUGAGGUGAUCACAGUCAGCAGCGUCCCCGGUAUGGAUUCAGACUGGCUGAUGGGCGAAAGAGGCAACCAGAAGGGCAAAGUGCCAAUCACCUACCUGGAGCUACUUAACUGAGACCCCACAAACAGCCCCUCCAGCCCUCUGUAACCAGCUGUGAUCUCAUAUUUAUAUAUUGUGUUGCAGGGACAGGCCUCACUUCUUUCUUUUUUUUCUCUUCCAUUCUGUCAUUUUACAGUAAGUUUUAUUUGUAUGAAAAGGAAGAGUCUCACUUUUAGUGGAGACUCGAGCUGGAAUGAAUAAAUUGGAGUGAGGGGAAAGGACACGGACCCAUUCCCUAAUCUGUUUGUUUGCAACUGCAGUACAUUUCUAAAAAACAAAAAACAAAACAAAAAACUUGCUUCCAUGCCUUUUGUGUGUUUGAUGCCAUGCAAUCUACAAUAUGUGCCAGAACAUCUCCCAAACUGUAACUUUUGAUAUCAAUUAGGUUUCGUUUACACUAUAUUAUCUCAGAUGGUGACCAUGGCUUUUUAUGUGAGGGUUUUUUUUUCCUUCCCUCACUGCUAAUUCAAGUCUCUUUAUUUGCCAAGUAGUGAUACACAUUUUUUUAUUCCAUAAAAAAGCACUUCUGUUUGAAGUGGAGAGUGAUGCUGACUAUUUCAAGUCUUAUUUUAUAAUUGAUAAUCUUACAGUGCAGUUACGGUUAUCCUAAAUAUAAAUAGUGUUUUUUUGUUGUUUUUUAACAGUAUGUGUUGUGUUUCAGCUUUAUUCACACAGAGCCUGUAAAACUCAUUCAUUGUCUCAGUACUUUUGAUUGAUGAGUUGUAAUCUGCUGAUAGCCAAGCAGUUAUUUAAUUCAAUAACCAGGUAUUCAAUUAAGUGCCUAUUACAGUGAAUUGGCCUUUUUUUUUUUUUUAAACACUUUUUUUGUAGCUACACCAACAGUAUUGAGACCAUCGACUCCGUCUCCUCUUCUUAGUAUUGAAUCCUAAUAUAUCUGUCUAAGUUAUUGAGAAUUGGAAACAAGCAUUUCCAUAUUUCUUCAGGAAGUCAUAAACCAGAAGACAGUUGUUAUCAGGUUAUAACUGGGUGUGUUUGUCAUAAUUACAUCAAUUGCUCAUGUGAGACGUUUAUUCUCACUGGUUUUAGUUAACUGGUGUAUUGCAGAAAAGUAUUUUUUUUUACUUUUUGACAUAACUAAUAUGUUUCAUUAGUUUCCCCUAAACCUAAAAUUCAGCUCCACAUAGAAAUUUUAAGAAAAGUGUCAUUACACUCUGGGAGAUUCAACUAUAUUAUUACACAGCUGCUUUUUGUUUUUUGUAACUGAUAAAAAAGCAUACAUCUGUAAAAUAAAUAUACAAUAUGAUGCAUUAAAAAUAAGAACAUUUCACAUAUCUGUUGAGAUUUCAUUGUAUUUUUUUGCACAUGGCUUUUCAUGAGGAAAAUGUGUCGUCUUUACAUUGAGCUUCAUUUUCUCUUGUUCACCGAUUGAACCAGCAGGUGGCAGAACAGGCAAUAAUUUGUGUAUGCACAGUAAUAUACAGUGACUGGUUACGGGAAAUGAUUUGACUUUUGGAAUCGAUAAUUUGACAGAAUUUGAAUUUCCUUUUUUUAUGUAUGCAAAGUAAAAGUUUAAAAAGAUACAGGAACUAGACAAAGAACAGA